AUGGCUUAUUUCUCUGACCAAAGAAGCAAACUGCUGAUUUUGGUGCUUUGCUUGAACAUCCAGUCAGAAGUGGAGUCUUGCCCUGGAGCGUGUGUGUGCUACAGUGAACCGAAGAUUACAAUAAGUUGUCAGCAGCAAGGACUGACAGCAAUCCCCACGGAGAUACCCAUCCAGAGCCAGCGCAUCUUCUUGCACAACAACAAGAUAACCCUCGUGAGGUCCACCAGCUUCACGUCUUGUCGCAACAUGACAAUUCUUUGGAUCCACUCCAACAACAUCAGCCUCAUUGAGCCUGGAGCCUUCUACGGACUCAACAAACUGGAGGAGUUGGAUCUCAGUGACAACACGAACCUGAAAUCUAUCAAUCCUGUCACUUUCCGUGGUCUUGUUCACCUCCACACCUUACAUCUGGAUCGCUGUGGGCUCAUGGAGCUCUCCACGGGGCUUUUUCGAGGGUUGUUUUCCUUGCAAUAUCUCUACCUUCAGGAUAAUAACCUGCAGAACCUGCUGGAUGACACCUUCAUAGAUCUGGCGAACCUCACCUACCUGUUUUUGCACGGUAACAAAAUCAAGAGCUUAUCAGAGAACGUCUUUCGUGGGUUAAUCAACCUCGACCGGUUGCUUCUACACCAGAACAGAGUCAGCCUGGUCCACCGCCGGUCUUUUCACGACCUUGGGAAAGUGAUGACCUUGUAUCUGUUUAACAACAACCUGACCGUGCUCACAGGGGAAACCAUGGCACCCCUGGUGUCCCUCCAGUAUCUGCGCUUAAAUGGCAACCAAUGGAUCUGUGACUGCCAGGCUCGGUCUCUCUGGAAUUGGUUUAAGCAGUUUAAAGGGUCGUCUUCAGAGCUGGAGUGCCACCUUCCCCCACACUUGGCAGGGAGAGACCUCAAAAGGCUGCAGAGCUCUGACUUGGAAGGAUGCAUCGACUCUUUCAAUCAGAUUCGAACGAGCGUUUUUAGCACUAAGACCAGAUCUGGUAAACUGGCCACCGGGAGUCCCCCUCUCAGCUCCCAUGAUGGCUCCAUGAAGUGUUGCCAACCAGAAAUGGAUAAAUCUUUUAUAUACGAAGCUAAAGGCAAGGCAGGUCCUUCUUCCCACAGCAGCCGGCCGUCCUCCAACAACCCUCUCAAGGAUAAGGAGAACAUGUCCAAAACCAAGUACGUUGAGACGGACCCUUCCAAAAAUGGCAGCAACAAGCAGAUAAACGAUUCCCCUUUUGGGACCUUCCCCAGCAUUGUAGACCCUCCAUUGACCAAGUUGAGACCAGAGUUUCUAGAGCCUAUUGAACCUUCCACAGUCCCAACCAAAAAGAGGCAGGGCUGCUCUAAAAAGAACAAAUCAAAGGCCCAGUGCCGCCUCACCCAGCAAGGAAACAGCUCCACGUUACAGCUCAGCCUAAGCCUUUUGAUCCCCCCUUUGGUGUGGAGCUUACUGUUACUCUGCUAAAAUUAACUCUUUUUCCUGGGUUGAUGACACUUUAAUACUAGACUUUUGCUGACCUCCAUAAAUGUUGCAAACAAAAGCAAACUACCGUCCACCCCGAGAAAGCUUUGUUACACAAAAGUUAACUGGAUGCCUUUAUAUAAAAACAAAAACACACACACAAAACAAAACAAAA